UCAGCGAUCCGUCAGUGAAAUGCCAGAGAAAUGUCAAGGUUUGUGGUGUAUUGGUGUGGACAAUGAGACAGGGCCUUUUCUAAUUUGAGGAUACUUACGGAUGGCAGUAGAGUGCAAAAUUCCUGUUUAUUAAAGAAUAAUUUUUGUGGCCUGUAUUUUCGAAAGUAUUUCCAAUAUUCUAAAUAUUAUCAUAUACUAUUUAUUAAUUACUUAGAUCUAACUCAUGCCAUAAUAUUAUUAUCGUACUUAUUUAUUAAACAUUUUAUUUUGACCCAGUUUUUAAUAGUCAAGACCUUAAUCAGCUUAAUUAUCAGAAUAUGAUGAUCGGCCAAAGUUUUGAAGAAAAUGAAGACUCCAACUCAGUCUAUGCUAUGUAUGAUGUGUUGAAAGAAUUGUGCUUAAAUAAUGUAGAAUAUUUCAAAUCAGAUGAAAGUACAAUUGGUAAAAAAUUUUGUGAGAGUUUCAAAGCUCUCCACAAUAAUGUUGUUUCUAUCUAUCCAAUAGUAGAUGAAAUUAGAAAAGUUGCUCCAUACUAUGAUUUCAACCAGAAUACCCAAGGAAAUGGCUACAGAAGUUUUGUCACUGUAGUAGAUGCAUUCAUUUUGUAUGGUGAAAAAACUUGCCAGCAAAUAUGUAAAAAUAGAAAUUCAUAUUUUUUUAGGAAGGGAACUUAUUUGAGGGAGGUAGAAACAUGUAGUCAAGCUCUUUCAUCACUUUGCGUUAUCCUGACGCACUUGAAGACUUUAAUUUCAUGGAGUGAUCCCGGCUGUUUGUUCCCCAAGGACGAGCGAUCUCCGCAGGAACUGCUCACUGACUCUCCUGGCUUUAACCAAAUCUGUUUUUACGGCACUUGUUUGGGAUUUCAGUUUUGCGAGUCUAUGCAAGCUAUAUUGAAAGGCCUGUCCAUCUUGAUGGUUUCGUUCAGUGAGGUGUACUACAGCGAAGGUGGGAUGUUGGAACGUGCUACUAACUACUUGUGGCAUAGCAGUAAAUACGUGUUGAAUCCUGAACUCCGAGCGAGGCGUAUUGUCAACAUUUCGCAGUACUCUUCAGUGGAUUUUUGCAAACAGUUUUGGUUCCUUGGAGAAAAUGAGCUGAUGAACAGGCUGCCAAACUUUGUCCAUCCAUCAGUGGAAGUUAACCGAAUGAUUUCUAUCCCGCCCGAGCCCCUGAGUUCUCCGAGAGCAGAUGGGUUCCUAGUGGAUAUUCCCAUACCGAGCUCACACAGUGGACCUUCUCCACUCUCCGUCAGACUGCUGUCAGCUGUUAAACGCCAACACAUGGUGGGUGAGGCAGGUGGCAAGGAGAGUUUGGUACCUCCGUCCAAGGGGCUGAUAUUCCAUUGCCAUGGCGGAGGUUUCGUGGCCCAAAGCUCCCGGUCACACGAGGCCUAUCUCCGCCAAUGGGCUCAGGGCCUCCCUGCCCCCAUUCUGUCCGUAGACUACAGUCUCGCCCCUGAGGCUCCAUUCCCACGAGCCUUGGAGGAAGCCUUGUAUGCAUACUGCUGGGCUCUCAACAAUACUACCUUACUGGGUACUACAGCAGAGCGUAUUGUAUUUGCUGGAGACUCGGCUGGGGCUAACCUGGUGAUAGGGGUGGCUAUGAAAUGCAUAGAGCUAGGUCUGAGGCCACCAGAUGGACUGUUCCUCGCUUAUGUUCCUGUUGUCGUGUCCUUUGUUCCCUCUCCGGGCCGGCUGCUGUGUCUCAUGGACCCCCUGCUGCCUUUUGGCUUCCUUAUGGGCUGCCUCAAAGCGUAUGCCUGCCCACCUGAUGUGUACGCCGCGUCUCUCGCUCAUGAGAAUAAGUUACGGCGGUGCAAGAAGUCUAAGAGCGAUACGCUCACCAAGAGUAACUCUUCAAGCGAAGAAAGCUUCGAGGAGCUCUCUGCGUCUGAACUGCUGGAAUUGGACAAAAUUUUGGAAAAAGAAGGGGUGAAUGCUCAUUCAGCGCCAGAACUUGAACUGCCGCAGGACGCCGUGAGUCCAGGACUGCCACACACCGCAUCACACGCACUGCAGGCAACAUUGCCACCGCCAUUACCGGCACUCUCACAUCUCUCACAUCCCGCUCCCGCUCUCCCAGUAUGGACGUCAAUGAGAGUGGCCUGGAAGAUGACCCGUUAUUGGAGAACAUGAUGUUGCCGUGCCCCAUGGACAUGCUCAAGUUCGACGUGCCUCAUGACCCGUACCUCUCCCCCUACUGGGCUAGUGACGUGGUACUUAGCCAGUUCCCUCCUGUGCACAUUGUGACGUUACAAAUGGAUCCUUGCUUGGAUGACUGUGUGGAAUUUGCCAAAAAGCUGAAGAGAUUGGGAAACCCUGUCAGUCUGGAUAUAUACGAUGGCCUUCCCCAUGGGUUUCUCAAUUUUGUUAUG